UUUUAAAUUCAGGCGUUUGCUGCAGGUCUCAUUCUGGUAGCCGAGUCAGGUCAACGCAGACAAGAUGACGACGUACACAGACAGAGGCGAAAAGCAUGAGCAGGGCAGGUUCAUCUGCUUCGAUCAUCUAACCUUUUGGGUUGGAAAUGCAAAGCAGGCUGCAUCGUAUUACUGCAACAAGCUUGGAUUUGAGCCGCUGGCUUACCGAGGCCUAGAAACAGGCAGUCGGGAUGUAGUGUCCCAUGCAGUAAAACAAGGGAAGAUCAUUUAUGUCUUCUCCUCUGCCCUCAGUCCCGGUAACAAAGAGAUGGGGGAUCAUCUGGUGAAACAUGGGGAUGGAGUGAAAGACAUUGCAUUUACAGUGGAGAAUUGUGACUUCCUUGUUCAGAAAGCCUGCGAGCGAGGGGCAAUUAUUAUCAAAGAGGCCCACACUCUGGAGGACAAGAAUGGGAAAGUCCGACUGGCUGUGCUUCAGACAUAUGGUGACACCACCCAUACAUUUGUGGAGAGGACAGGGUACAAGGGCUUGUUUCUGCCUGGUUUCCAUCCCCCUCAGUUCAAAGACCCUUUAUUAGCCAAACUACCACCUGGACAACUGGACUUCAUCGAUCAUGUUGUGGGAAACCAACCAGAUGAUGAGAUGGUCCCAAUUGUAGAAUGGUAUCAGAGGAACCUUCUCUUUCACCGCUUUUGGUCGGUGGACGACAAACAGCUACAGACAGAAUUUAGUGCCCUGCGCUCCAUCGUAGUGGCGAACUAUGAGGAGACUGUGAAGAUGCCGAUCAAUGAGCCUGCCAAGGGGAAGAGAAAGUCUCAGAUCCAGGAAUAUGUGGAGUACUAUGGAGGUCCAGGUGUGCAGCAUAUCGCCAUGAACACACCAGACAUCAUCACAUCAAUUAGUAACCUGAAGGAGCGAGGCGUGGAAUUCAUGACAGUGCCAGACACUUACUACAACCAGCUGAGGGAGAAGCUGAAACAAUCAACGGUCAAAAUUGCUGAGAACCUGGAUGUCCUGCAGGAACUGAAGGUCUUGGUGGACUAUGAUGACAAAGGCUAUUUGCUUCAGAUCUUUACCAAGCCAAUUCAGGACCGUCCCACGGUUUUCUUGGAGGUCAUUCAGAGACACAAUCACCAGGGCUUUGGUGCAGGAAAUUUCAAGUCUCUUUUUGAAGCUAUUGAAGCAGAUCAGCAUGCUCGAGGAAAUCUGACCGUCCUCACACCAAAGGGAGACACAAAGAACAUUUGAAUCCACCCAUUUAUUCUCUUUACAACUUUAAAAACUCAAGAUUUAUUCAUUACAAAUAGUACAAUCUGCUCAGGUGAUUUACUGCUUUCAUUCUCUGAUAAUAGAUUUACUUAGGAGCACUUAGGUACUUCUUUUUUUCCUUCUUACAAUUAAUGAGUGUCUUUUGGUUUUAUUAUACAUUUUUGGUAUAAUUCAAAUUCCCACUUGGCAAACCUCCCAAAUUUGUAUUAACUUUAAAAAGAAGAAGUUCAAGGUCCUAAUGUGAAUUUCUCUGCUAUAAAUUGUUUACAGGCUUGACUCAAGCCAAACACCAUUAAAGCUCUCAUAAAUGAAAACAUUGAACUAUCAUCUGGACUCUUAGGUUAAAAGACAUUUUAAUGUUAUUAGUCUAAAAUGUAUUUCCAGGUCCAUCCUGUUAUAAAUAAAUACAUUUAAAAAGA